AAAAAAAAAACUUCGAUAUAAAGGAGACGAGAAAGUAAGAGUUUACCUACUCCCAAAGAGCUGACUUCCUCAAUCAAACCCCUUCUGAUGUCGUCUUCAUGCUUCACUGAGGUUUCGUCUUUGAAAUUUUCAUCCAUUUUUCUCCAUUUUUACAAUCUGGAAGCGCACCACAGAUUAAACUGUUGCGUGAAAUAGUCAUUGGCUACUGCUCGGUGAAAGGAGUUGGUUUAUUUCUCAGUGGCUUGAAUUGUAAGAUUUAUGUGACAUUGUUCAAGUUUGGGUGUAGCAUGUUCAUGGCCUUUCAAUGUUUUUAUAAAAGGGGACCUCAACGAAGCACUGGUGGAGGUGGAGGUGGAGGUGAAGAUAUCAAGCCUCAGUUGAAGUCUUCUGAAAUAGUGGAAGUUCAGUUGGAUACAAACUGGGAUGAUAUAUCUUGUCCAGUAUGCUUGGAUUAUCCUCAUAAUGGUGUUUUGCUUCAAUGUUCAUCUUAUGAAAAAGGAUGUCGUUCAUUUGUGUGUGACACCAAUCACUUGCAUUCAAACUGCUUAGACCGUUUUAAAACUGCACAUGGGAUACCUCCAGAAUCAAAUUCACCCUCAACAUCAUAUGCACAGGCAAAUGAAAAUGCAGGAGCAGUGGUUCCUGAAACCAGCAGUAAGCCCACUUGUCCGUUAUGUAGGGGAGAGGUACAUGGUUGGGUUGUAAUCGAGAAGGCCCGAAAAUAUCUGGAUCAGAAAAGGCGGUACUGUGAAGAAGAGCGAUGUUCUUUUGUUGGUACAUAUUUGGAGCUUCAAAAACAUGCUCAAGAAGAACAUCCUGAUUCUCGUCCAUCAAGAAUUGAUCCUGCACGUCAGCUUGAUUGGGAGAAUUUCCAGCAAUCAUCAGAAAUGGUGGAUGUUCUUAGUACCAUUCAUUCAGAAGUUCCGCGUGGAGUUGUUUUGGGUGAUUAUGUGAUUGAAUAUGGUGAAGAUGAUACGGCAGAUGAGUUCGAGGACUUCCCUGGCGAUGAAGGAAAUUGGUGGACAUCCUGUAUAUUGUAUCAGGUAUUUGAUAAUCUCCGCAAUAGUCGAAAUAGGAGGAGAUCAAGAACUAGUGAUACUAGAAGAAGAAGUCGUCGUUCUAGUAAUGAUACAUCGAAUUCAGAUGAUGGCUCCGUGACAUCUAUAGAAUUUCCAGACUAUAGAGGAGAUGAGACUGAUGAUGAAUUCAUAAACUCCAGAGGACCGUCAAGAAGUAACUAUAAUCAUCGGAGUGGUAUUCUCUGCAGUUCUCGAAGAAGGCGCUCCCGCUUCUAUGAUCAUUAGGUGCAGAACCUUGUUGAAGCUGAGGAGAACGAUGGAAAGCCAAAGCAGAAAAAGAGUACCAUGAUGUUAACUGUGUAACAUCCUGUCUCCCUCUGCAAUCAGCAUAUUUCUUCAUUCAUAAUCAUCUCUUGUAGUUAGCUAUGAAACCCUAGAUAUUAAUGGGUUUUAGUUGUAGUGUUCUUUUUUUCAUUGAUUAGCCCCUUUUUUCCAUGGCACUGAAUGGAAAUUUAUAGAUAGUAUCUGGAUUUUUGUUUUUCUUGUGUAAGAAACUUUGGGGUGAUGCUUUGUACAUAUUUCAUGGUAAAUACUAGAUGCUUCUCUCUUUUGCUUA